GUAGUCAUAAUGAACGUGACAUUAGAAAUAUUCUUGAUUUUCCUAAAAUUACCAUUCAUGAUACCAUUGAAAGAUACAGAAAUGAAAAUCAAAUCUCAAGUGCUCCUAAAUCAGAUAGACCUCCUAAGUUGUCUGAAAGAAGUAUUAGACAACUUAUAAAUAUUGUUAAAGAAGAUCAAUAA